CCUCUAUGCAAUUCCCCUCUAUUUCGUUUGUGCCGUGGCAGCGCUGAACACUCUCACGUGGCUCCUGAAGGCGCUUUCGCUCCACGAGACUAAACACCAGCACGGACUCGGCCUCAACCUCGCCCCCGUGAGAUACCUCAUCAACACCACCUACAAAGUCAAUUCGUGGAUCCCGUUUCUGGACAAGCCCGAGACGUUUGUCAAGGAGAUCCGCGUGCAUCCAAUCAAAUCUUUCCCCGCGCUGAGUGUCCAGACAUGGAAAGUCACCGAACACGGGCUUGACUGCGACAGAAUGUACAUGCUAGGCAAAUUCGAUAAUGUGCAGCAAAAAUGGGUCAUGGUAUCGCUGAGACAGUACGCAUCGCUGAGCAAGGUCGAGCUUCGUCUGGAAGACGACCAUUUCGUCGUUGGCUAUAAAAACAAGGACUACUUCAGCGUGCCCAAAACCGUCUCCAAUGACUACCUGGAGAAGAUGUCGGGGAGCCCCCAGCAGGCAGAGCUGUGGAAAGUCGACUUCGAGGUGGUGACACUCGAAAAGCUCGACAUCCAGCCGUUUCUUGCCGCCGUUGGGCUGCCAGAACACUACAAGCUGCUGUACGCUCCGUUUGGGAAACUGGUCGUCACCAACUCGCCGAAACACCUCACCGCACUGCCCAACUACACGCCCGGCUCGCACCAAAAGUACCGCGUCACAAAGUUCCAGGACUACUUCCCGAUCUUGCUCAUUUCCGACGCGGACAUCAAAGACCUCAACGCUCGUCUCGCCAAAGAACAUGGGCCAGAAGUGCACACCACCUCGACCAAUUUCCGUCCCAAUAUUGUCAUCGACGGGCCGAAAAAACCGUACGACACGGACGACUGGUACCGCUUUACGAUCAGUGGCAAGGAGUGGCUGGUUGCAUCCAAAUGCCCGCGCUGCUCGAUCCCAAACAUCGACUUCGACACAGGCAAGCAGCGUGCCAAACAGCCGGUCUCGCGCACGCUGGCGUCGUUCCGCCGCGUCGAUGUGGGCGAGCCUAAUCUGACCUAUUUCGGCGUCAACGCGGUGCAGGUCGAACACGGCUACAUGGUAAGCGUCGGCGACCGUGUGAAGCUGCUCGAACGCCGUCUCAACCGGUACGGCGAGUUGGUGUAGCGCAAGUUUUUCUUGCCCACAUCCGUACACCAGCAACUCUAGGAAAUUUCUGUAGGGGUGAAGUAAAUAAAGUCGUUUCACUUGCUUCCACCGUAUCUGUUUCCAUGUCCACGGAGACAAUUGAAUCUGAAAAGACACAUCUCCACGAGCUGGAUCUCAACGGUCCUGUGAGCAGGACCGACAAGAGGCUGCUAGAGCAGAGAAAGAAAAAGGAAGAGCAGAAGCGUCUUCCUCACACCGCCGCCUUUACUGGCUGGAAAGAGGUCGGGGGAUGGGAGAACCAAGACUCGCUCACAUACGAGGAGGAGAUUGUUGAUCUGUUGACGAAAUCGACGUUUUUGGACGAGUACUUGCCAGAAAUUGCAUACGGCGACUGGUAUCAUACCGUUGGCAUUGUGAUCCUCGGUGGCCUUUUGUCGUGGCUUCUGGGCCGAUUUCGGUUUUCGCUGGGCCCGACCUUCUUUGUGAUGCUUGCGUCGGCGCUCUACUACCGUGCGUCGAUAAGAAAGUACAGGCUCAAACUGAGACUCGAGGCGCAGAGAGAGUUUUCUGUGAAUCACAUUGAGGACGAUUUCGAGACGAUGGACUGGCUCAAUGUGUUUUUGGACCGCUAUUGGCGGUUCAUCGAGCCCACGGCUGCGCAGCUUGUGUGUGACCAGGCCAAUGUGAUUCUUGCUGGGCUGCCAAUCCCUGCGUUCGUGAAACAGCUUUGGAUCCACACCUUCACGCUAGGCACCAAGCCACCGCGAAUUGACAAGGUCCGCACUCUCGACCGCACCGGCGACGACAUCACUGUGAUGGAUUGGUGGGUCUCGAUGACUCCGAACGCAGUUGAGGACGCCACUGCGAAACAGCUGAAGAACUACGUCAACCAGAACAUUGUUGUCAAGGCCAAGCUAUUUGGCCUCACGCUCCCAGUUGUGGUUUCCGACAUUGCGUUCCAGGCCAAGGUGAGAGUCAGACUGAGAAUGAUGAAGAGUUUCCCGCACAUCCAAACGGUCAACGUGUCGCUGUUGGAGGCUCCGUACUUCGACUUCCUGGCCAAGCCUUUUGGCGGAGACACCAUCUUUCCAUUUGAACUUCUCAACAUCCCGGGCCUUUACAUGUUUAUCAACGAGAUGGUGAAGAAGUUUGCCGGCCCAAUGCUGUUUGACCCGCUCUCGUUCCAGCUCAACUUGGAACAGCUACUCAAUGGUAACGGUUUCGACGGUGCUCUGGGUAUUUUGGAGGUCAACGUCAAGCACGCCAAGGGUCUCAAGGCUGCAGAUACGUUCAACAACACCAUCGAUCCGUACCUGACGUUCUCCACAGGAGGUGCUGUUCUGGCGAAAACCAAAGCUAUUCCAGACACGAUGGAUCCUGUGUGGAACGAGAAAGUCAAUGUCAUGCUAAAGACGUCGUCCGAGCCACUAUCGAUCACGCUCUACGACGAGAACGAAAACGACGGUAGAAAGGACAAGAUGAUGGGCUAUGUUCUGUACGAUUUGGAGGAUAUCAUGCUCAAAGGGGAGCUUAGAGACGUCACGCUGCCUAUUCUGAGAAACAACAGAGAAGCUGGACAUGUCACUUUGGACUUCAAGAUGAUGAAAACCUUGCAAGGAUCCAAGCUUCCAGACGGCUCCUACUCUCCACCUCCAGACCUUAACACCGGUGUGGCCGUCAUCAGGCUCUUGGGCGCCAGAUCUUACAACAAGGACGACAAGAAGCCCGGAAACGUAUUUGCCGAGCUUUAUGUUGACAGUGAGCUCAAGGCCACCACAGGCGUUGUCAAAAAGAGCAAGGAGGCCUCGUGGAGCAUCAGCCACAACCAAAUCAUCUACAACAGGUCCAAGUGUAAAGUCCGUGUUGUUCUGCGGGACUCUUCCAAGAAACUGGUUGGCUCUGCCACCAUGAAACUCACAGACCUGAUUGACUCCACAUAUGUCGGCAACGAGUGGCUGCCUCUCACCAAAGGUCUUGGUGAGGUGAAGCUGACCUGUAAUUGGAGCUCUGUGGCAAUGACUGGAGUGCCAGGCGCCAUGGGCUACACUGAGCCGUUCGGUGUUGUUCGUUUCAAUAUUGGCAAGGCCAUGAACCUCAUCAACCUGGAGAAGAUUGGUGUUAUUGAUCCGUACGUCAGAGUCAUGAUUAACGGUGUCCAGAAAGGAAGAACUUUAACGAAGGAUUCCACCACCAACCCUGUUUUCAACCAGUCUAUCUACGUGCCUAUUGCAUCUCCUAAUCAGAGAGUGACAAUUGAAGCCAUGGAUGUCCAAAGAUCGACUCCAGAUAGAACUUUGGGCUCGUUCCAGGUCAGACUCAACGAGUUUAUUGAGUUCGACCACAAGGGAGACCCGAUCGAGACCGAUGGUGAACCUCAAGAAGGACGACUUGUGCAUCCUAAGCGUGGCGCAAAGGGCACUGUCACAUACUCCAUGUCUUUCUUCCCUACUCUUCCCGUGAUGACUCCGGACGACAUUCUGGAGAAGAAGACAUUGGAGGAGAAGAAAGCCAAACAUGAUGGUGAGGGCCACAAGGAGAGCGCAGAGGAGAAAAAGGAGAAGGAGGAGGAGGAAGAGAUGGAAGACGCGAAGCCUAAGCUCGAUUUGCCAUUGGACAAAGUUCGCAACUACAACUGCGGUGUCUGUGUUUUUACUCUGUUAGAAGGACAAUUUCCAAAAGACGGCUACUUGCAGAUCUUUCUCGAUAGAUCUGGAUAUCCCGAAUAUGUUAGUCCAAGGCUUUCUUCUCAUGACAAACAGAUUAAUGCCACCGGAGAAGGUUUGGUGAGAGAACUCAAAUAUUCUGAGGUCACCAUCAAGCUCGCGGAGAAGAAAAGAAGCAACAUCAAGAAAGAAGCCAUUGCAGAGGCUUCUAUGUCCACCAUGGAUCUGAUCGAGAGCACCUACGACCAGCCGAGCGUUGUCAAGUUGUCGAACGGAGCCAGCAUCAAGCUGCAGACCAGAUGGAUUCCUGUUUUGAUGAAGGACCUACCAGCACAAGACUCUGUUGGAAACACGGGACAUAUGACCAUGCGCGUCAUCAGAGGCUCUGGAUUGCCUUCUGCGGACUCGAACGGAAAAUCUGAUCCAUUUACAAAGGUCUACCUGAACGACGAGGAGAUCUUCAAAACCAAGACGAUUAAAAAGACAUUAGACCCAGAAUGGAAUCAGGAGACAUCCUUUGAGGUGGAUAAUAGAGUUAAUUCCGUGCUGAGGUUCAAAGUGUCCGACUGGGAUUUUGGCUUGGAGCAAGACGACAAACUAGGUGAGGUGAAAUUGAACAUGAGCGAGAUUAAUCCAUUUGCCGAAGGUGUCCAGGAAAUGACGUUGCCUUUGAAGGACGAUGAUGGAGAGCCUGCGGGCGAGCUGGUUGUGGCAUUUAGCUUCAAACCAUCCUACAUUACCCUGUUGAGUGCAGAGAAACAGCUGCCAAACGUGGCCGGAACCGCUGUGGGGGGUGCUGGAAAAAUCCUUAAUACAGGACUAGACGGCACUGGAAAGGUGAUCGGUACUGCGGGUAAGGUUGGCGGCAAGGUGCUAGGCACUGCCGGCAACAUUUUCAAGAAGAAAAAAUAAGUUUUUUUUUUAACCUCAAUCACUCUGAGCAAUGGCUCCAAAGUUUGUAUGCACGUUGUGAAAAUAAAUUAAAAAAUGGA